AUGUACCUCGAACGAGGCGGGCGGUUUCUGCCUACGUACCUUAUGAACCCACAGAUACCUGUCAAUACCUGGAAAGGCCUUGACGCGGGCACUCACGAAGAACAGAAGAGGCGAGAGUCUUCCCCAAAAGCUAGUCCCGCGAAUGGCAUAGGAUGUUCUCCGUCUUCAUCAAUGGGUGCUUUGUCAAGCACGCGGCACAUGUCACCCAACCCAUCCAAGUGCAUGGUGUACUAUCGGUCGGCGUCUCCUCAAUUCUUUGCGCUUCCGCUUGCAAGGCGCCUCAAUUGGGCGAGGUUCCUGGCCCAUGAAUUGAUGCCCGCUCAUCGAGUCACAGCCGGGCGGCAUUCGGUCGGCUCUUCAAUGCUGCUGACGCAGGGGUCUGUUCGUCCUGACAGUUCAGCUGUCGACUCCGGCAACUCUGCCUGUUUCCUUCAGCAACGUUCGCUGGGCGCAUCAUUCGACGUGGUCCGGACCUGCUCGGUUUCUGCUUGUGCCCGCCCGCCAGUCCUCCUCCGUCAUUUUCCAACCUUAGCCCGCGACCACUUUGCGUCAGCCACAAUUCUACCCGUCGACGGAAUGCGCAACAUUUUCCCACAAACUCAGCCCCAACCUGCGUCUUCACGCACCGCUCACGAGUCCAUCACCCAAUCAGCCGUGCCAGCCUUUGUCAAGAUGAGCAAACAAUUUUUCACCAUCGUUACCCCCGAGCGAUUGAAGAGUUUUUUCUUUUCAGCAUUGACAUUGGAUGCCGCAAUCUCACCUGUCGCAGUGUCGCAUGCACGGAAAAGUAGAAAUUCGGGGUGCAGAACGGGCGCGCCCCCGCGCGCCAUUGGUCUCGAUUCCCAAGUGUACGUGGCUCGGAACAACGCACCUAAGCUUCUCCAUGCGUUCAUGUUCUUCGCCCGCCUGCGUGUCAUGAUCAGCCGCAUCAUUCGCGAACCAUUCUCCAGUUCGCCAGAUUCGUUAGCGGCUGCCUCUCACGUGCCCAACGUCUGCCUAAUUGCCUUAUGCACCGACCAGCGGUUGAGUCGGAAAACAGGGCAAGUGCUGGCCUUACCGGACUUACGCGGCGUUUUGAGAUUGAUUUCGACGACUUGUUCGAUCAUGGACAUGCGAAGUUUGGCGGGUAUCACGCCAAAUUGGGAUGUAACGGGCCCAUUUGACGUGGAUCAUCUCAAGGAUAAUCCCACAAAGGCCAGGAUUGGUCCAAACGCCCCAAAUCCAGUUGUUACCUUUCCCAUGCCCAAAUUGCUCCAAUUCUCCAUUCGUUUCAAUAUGCAGAGCUUGAGAGUGAGAAAAUGCAUGUGCAGAACCUCGCGAAGAAAUCACCGCCGGUCCAUUGCCCGGGCUGCUUGGUUUGUUCCUACCGCCUCUCAGUCUCUGCAUUCCUGCCAAAAUGAGUCGCGACGCAUUGACCCAUCAGAUUUGCAGCUUCCUUCCUUCUUCAGCGUCAUUCAACCGCAUAUCAUUGGCGUCGAGAAAAAACUUAUAGACUCGGCCGAGUCUCCUCCACCGAACUUCGGAGCGGAGACGUGUCCGCUCCCGCGCACCACCAUCUCGAUCAGAGUCAAUCCACCACCACUGGCCGAUCCAAGGCACCGUUGCAUGUUGCAGCCACACACCGGGAAUGUGUGGUACCACAUGACUGGUUGGCACGUUGUUGAGAGGUUGCCCGACAGCGCCUCCGGAGCGGGCUGA